UACUUAUACGUUGAAUGUACANGUUUAUUACAUGAGCGGCGAUGCAUGGAAGGAAGGUGGCAUCGAUGCCACUGGUGCCUUGAUGGUUUUGACGCUCAAGGUUAUAUCCUGUGCGGUUAAUUACAACGAUGGAUUGUUGAAAGAGGAGGGCUUGCGCGAGGCCCAGAAGAAGUUCCGUUUGGUCAAGUUGCCUUCGCUGCUUGAGUACAUUGGUUACUGUCUCUGCUGUGGCAGUCACUUUGCUGGUCCUGUUUAUGAAAUGAAGGAUUAUCUUGAUUGGGCAGAAGAAAAAGGGAUUUGGAGCCCUGAAGCAAAAGGGCCAUCGCCCUCACCUUAUGGGGCAACCAUCCGGGCUCUCCUCCAAGCUGGGUUUUGUAUGGCCAUGUAUUUAAACCUCGUGCCUCAUUUUCCUCUGUCCAAGUUUACUGAUCCUACCUACCAUGAAUGGUGUUUCUGGAAAAAAUUAAGUUACCAGUAUAUGUCUGGCUUUACUGCACGCUGGAAGUAUUAUUUCAUUUGGUCAAUAUCAGAAGCUUCUAUAAUUAUCUCUGGCCUGGGUUUCAGUGGCUGGACUGAUUCGUCCCCACCAAAACCACGAUGGGACCGGGCCAAAAAUGUAGAUAUAAUAGGUGUUGAGUUUGCAAAGAGUGCAGUUACAAUCCCAGCUGUUUGGAAUAUUCAAGUCAGCACCUGGCUUCGUCACUAUGUUUAUGAGAGGCUUAUUCAGCAUGGGAAGAAACCAGGUUUCUUUCAGCUACUUGCCACCCAGACCGUUAGUGCUGUUUGGCAUGGCCUGUACCCUGGAUACAUAAUAUUCUUUGUUCAAUCUGCAUUAAUGAUUGCUGGUUCCAGAGUCAUUUACAGAUGGCAGCAAGCUGUGCCUCCGACAAUGGCUCUGGCUAAGAAUGUCCUUGUGAUUAUGAAUUUUGCCUAUACGCUUUUGGUUCUAAAUUACUCUUGCGUUGGUUUCAUGGUGUUAAGUCUGAAUGAAACUCUUGCCUCGUAUGGAAGUGUGUAUUACGUUGGGACCAUUAUUCCUGUUGUUACGAUUCUUCUUGGUAAAGUAAUCAAACCUGCAAGGCCUGCUAGAUCCAAAGCUCAGAAGGAACAGUGAGGUAGACAAUGCUGUUUUAUUCUUGUUGGAAUUUUUGAAAUUGGAUUAGGAUAAUGUGGGACAACGGGUUUCCAGCUUCCACAGCUUUUCUGCCCCUGGUUUUCAAUCUCUUGUAACAGCUGCCUUGGUCUUGAAAAAAUGGCUGGGCUCUUUCAUAUUCCUGGCUUUAGCAUUGAGUUGUAUUUCUGUGAUAAGAAAACAUCCUGUUGGCAGGUUUUAUAAAAGCAGUUACUGGCGAGAUUUUAGGAACAUUUGUAUUUCUGUGAUUUCUCUCUACUUUCAGAUCUCGUGACAAUUACUGCAAGAGGCUAUAUUUUUCAAAAUCUUAACUGUAGACAAAUAUGCAGAUACUCUGAAGUGUGGUAGCCAACUGUGCUAUUUAGUUUUC